GCCGGGCAGGCCGACGGGCUGGAGCGUGUGUAGCUAGCUAAUAUCCUAAAGAAAAAAAAAAAGAAGCAACAUUCGACAAAUAAACGUUCAAACACACAGAGAGGUUUGACAUCUCUUUCAGUAUUGAAAGUAAAGAUGCCAUCUGCAACCACUGGCGACUAUGCUGUUCAGUCCUCCAGUCCAGAGCUGGGCUCUGUUCCUGUCUCGGCUCCCAAUGAGGCACUGAAGCAAGUGCUGAGCAUCAUUGAGAAGAAGGUCCGCAACAUGGAGAAGAGAAAGUCCAAGCUGGAAGACUACAAGACACGGAAGAGCAAAGGAGAGCGACUAAACCAGGAUCAACUGGACGCUCUGUCCAAAACUCAGGAGGUGACACACAAUUUGGAAUUUGCCCGGGAGCUGCUGAAGAGCUUCUCGUCUUUAAACAUCGAGAUCCAGAAGGCGGUAAAAAAGUCAGCGCGGCGGGAUCAGCUGAAGCGUGAGGAGACCGAGCAGCGGCGUCUGAAGGCUGUGCUGGAGGUACAGUACGUUCUGGACCAGCUGGGCGAGGAGGGUGUGAGGCAGGAGCUGAGACAGGUGGAACGGGGAGACGAUGGGCCUCUGCUCACCGAGGCGGAGCUCACGGGACUCGAUGACUUCUACAAGCUGGUCGGACCUGAGAGGGACCCCAACAUCAGGCUGACUGAUCAGUUCGAGGAGGCGUCUGUGCAUUUGUGGGAGUUGAUGGAAGGAAGAGACAAAGCUGUGGCAGGAACCACAUACAAGGCCCUUAAGGAUACUCUGGACAAGAUACUGCUCAGCGGCUACUUCGACCAGACGCAAACACACCAGAACGGAGUGUGUGAGGAGGAGGAGGAGGAGCCACCGCAACAGCAGCAGCAGCCGCCUGCUCCCACUGAGUCGGUGGAGUGUGAGGAGCAGCCGGUGGAGCCAGCAGAAGGAUCUGUGACUCAAGAGUUCACGGAUCCCAUUGAAGUGGAAGCGACAGAGUUUGUAAACCGAAAGUUCAUUCCAGAAGCCACUUACAGCGCCAGUCCUGAAAAAGAGCAGGGAGGAGAAUGGGCUUUGAGCCCCGAGAUCAUAAGCUCACUGCAACAGCAACAACAGUCCCCUCAGCCUCAGCAACCUCCUUCAUCGAUGAGUCCUAAUCUGGUGAACCCGGAGACUCACUCGCUCACCCCUGGACUCCCCCCCUCGUCGACUGACCCGCUGGUCAGGAAGCAGGCUGUGCAGGACCUCAUGGCACAGAUGCAGGGCACCUACAACUUCAUGCAGGACUCCAUGCUGGAGUUUGAUGGACAGUCUCUGGAUCCCGCCAUUGUUUCUGCUCAACCGAUGAAGUCUGCACAGAUGGUCUGUGCUCCAGCUCACACAGAAACCCGGCUUCCUCAACACACCCCAGUUUCUGUACAUCCAGAACCAACACAGGUUCCCAUGGUGUCCCCACCGACCGAAGCAUACACCUCUACGCCGCCCCUCUACCAGCCCCCUCCUCACACCACAGACCCUCGACCUCAGCCCGACCCCAUCGACCCCCUCCAGGUAUCCAUGCCCCUGUCGUCUGAGCAGCCCCCCGCCCCCUCGUCCCAACCCCAGGCCUUUCAGACAGUCACCAAACCCCUGCACAGUGGUAUCAACGUUAACGCUGCACCAUUCCAGUCCAUGCAAGCGGUGUUCAAUCUGAACGCCCCAGUUCCUCCAUCGAACGAGAUGGAGUCUCAGAAGAUGUCGAGUCAGUAUCAGAGCACUUACACCCAGAGCUUCAGCAGCCAGCCAACACACUCGGUGGAGCAGCAGGACCUUCAGCAGGAACCUCUCCAGUCAGUUGUUGGUGCGUUUCACUCUCAAGACCAAGGGAUUCCUUCCUCCGGGGGCCACCAGACGAUGAGCCAGCAGCCAUCAGGUCAGGGAACAGGGUUCGGACGCCAGCCUCAGUCAUACUACAGCAGCCGAGCCGUGCCACGUGGAGGGCCCCGGAACGCCAGAGGGGCCAUGAACGGGUAUCGCGGACCAUCCAACGGUUUCAGGGGUGGAUAUGAUGGAUAUCGCGCUCCUUUCCCCAACACUCCCAACACGGGCUACGGACAGACCCAGUUCAGCACUCCACGCGAUUACUCCAGCAGCACCUACCAACGGGAAGGAUAUCAGCAGAGCUUCAAGAGAGGAGCUGCCCAGGGAGCUCGAGGUAGCUCUCGAGGACGAGGUGGACCAUACAAACCGAGCCGAGGGAUGAGCGUCAUGACUGCAGUACAGACUAGCUAACCCUGAAGGCCACCACCCUCCUCCAUCACCCAAUAAUCUUCUCACCAGACUCCAUCUCAAUCAGUCCACAUAGCAAGGUGUUUGGACACGUAAGAAAUGUAACGAAGCCAUACCACUCAACUCCUUGUACGUUGUAAAGCUUUUUUUUUUUUUUUUUUUUCCCCCUCAGUCGCACGCUGUCGAUAGCCUUAAUUCUGUAAAGCAGGAACGUUCGUGCCUUUUUAUUUGAGUAUAGAAUUGGACCAGAACACACACUUGUCUAUAAUCCAGACACACAUGUAGCCAAUAAAAUGUGAAUUAUGAUCUGUACUGUACUUAACAUUUGUGGAUCUGUCUGUUUUGGAGGGGGGGAAAUCACUUACUAUAACAAAUGCUUCAUAGAAUUAAAUGUCUUUGAUUAGAGCUGAGCUGUGGUGAUUGUGGUUCGUUGCACAGGAACGGUCUUCUUGGAGAAAAACAGAUGAGCACAAUGAGACACAAGCUAAACUUUAGUAUUUAGACCGCACCUUAAGCUUUGAUUCACAAACAAAUUUGCUGCCAUCUUUCCUUGCAUUGACGUGGGAAAAGUCUGACCCUAACCCAGCUCAGAGGCUUGUACAGUGGACACUAUGCAUGAUGGGUGUGCAUCGCUUGAUGUGCUUCCCUUCUUACCCUGACACACCCAUCACCCGGAAUAGGCUCAAUCUGGAUUCAGUAUUUCCUUAUUUCAAUCCCAACCAAAUCUUAUUUCUUUCCAGCCACCGCGUGUAAGUCUUGACAAUUUACACACUGUAGUGCUUAGUCUGUUCUCGGGAAGUGACACACUCAUUUCUGCUUGUUCGUGGAGGGUUUUAAUAAAAACACAUACCAGGAUGCCUUGACAACUUUAAUAAGAACAUCACACAUAAAUCCAUACAAUGAGAUGAGACAUUCUUUUCUCUUUUUUUGUUUUUAUUUUGUGCAGAAAAUUCAAUGCACCUUUUUAAAAUGAGCAUUCUUACACCAUGAGUAAACAACUGGACUUUAAAUAAUUUAAAAACACAUGGUAUGAUGAUCAACUUUUCUUUACCUGAAUUUAAGACCAAAAUUAAUUCUGCAAUUUAAGUUUAUAAUCAACUUCAUUCCUUGUUGAAAUUAUCUGGACCUUGUUUGUAUUUAAUUGUCUUAAGCUGUAAACCUCAAACACUUGACUGAGCAAAUGAUUAAAUAAUAAAAUGAAUGACUU